AUGCGCUCUACUCUGUUCCUCGCUGCUCUUGCCGCUGGCUGCGUCAGCGCCUACGAGAAGCGUGUUUAUGUGACCGACUGGACCACCGUCACGGUCACCAAGACCGUCACUGCCCCCGCAGUCACCGAGACUGUCCAGCCUGCCCACCAAGCGGUUCAAAACACUGUGACGACCACCACCCAGGGCCCCGGCGCCCCUCCUGUUCAGACUGAGUCCUCGGAACUGGCCAAGAAGUCCACUGUUAUUGUGCCCAUCUCCUCUACGACCCAGGCCGUUCCCUCCGUUGAGAUUGUUGAGCCUUCGUCCACUCUGGCUCAAUCCACCUCUACCACUGCCCCCGCUGUCUCUACUACCAGUGCCACCACCAACACCUAUCAGUCUGCCGUCCUGUACAACCACAACAUCCACCGUAGCAACCACUCCGUCUCCUCCGUUGAGUGGUCUGCGGAUCUCGAGGCCAGCGCCCAGACUCUGGCCGCUCGUUGCGUGUACCAGCACGACACCUCUAUUGAUGGUGGUGGCUAUGGCCAGAACAUCGGCUACGGCGUUGAUGCGAGCGAUGUGGGCGCCAUGAUCACCAACCUGAUGUACAACGAUGAGAUCGAAUUCUUCCCUACCCCCUACGGUGCUGCCGACCCCAGCAUGUCCGACUUCGACAAGUGGGGCCACUUCUCCCAGAUCGUCUGGAAGGGUACCACCCACGUCGCCUGCGCCACUGUUACCUGCAACAGCCUGGGCAACGUCGACUCCGGUUCCCCCUUGCCCUUCACUGUCUGCAACUACUCGCCUGCCGGUAACGUUGACGGACAGUACGGCGAGAACGUGCUCGCUCCCGGCACCGCAGGCACCUACACUGCCUAA